AGGGUGAGUUUAGGGAAAGACGGAGCCACCCUGUCAAUCACAAUUAAGGAACCAUGGGAGUAAACUGGUAGGGAAGGUCGGCGAAACCACUGUGUUUAUGGUGGAAAAGAAAUAUUUUAAUUUGCGGAGAGACGACAACUAUGCACCGGUACACUGAGGGACACAAACAUCUCAUCUCGCCAAAUGGGAAUCGCUCUACUUUGACGGGAAUUAGCGUAAAGCGUUUCACAUAAUAACUUGGCGACUUUCACUUGCUUGCGCCUGUUUUUUGCUCCACAGCGUUUCAUUUGGGAUAAAAUAACACAAGUCACCGCUGGUAUUUGUAGAGAAGGCGUCGCCACGGAUUUGUAUGUCCACUCCAACCUUAGGAAAUAGCCGCUUAUUUGAUUAUAACUAGUGGAAAAUCUGGUCUGUGCAUUUCAGAGGGACUGCGUUGUCGGAGACUUUCGAGGAAGGAGUGACGGUGCAGGACCCUCCCCAAAACAAGCAAGCAAACAAACAAACAAGAGAGAGAAAGAGAGAGAAAAAGAAACAAUCUCGGCUCCAACUCCCAGGGAGAGGAAGAAAGGAGCAGAUAUGAGUGGGGGAGAUGUGGUGUGCUCGGGGUGGCUGAGAAAGUCUCCUCCUGAAAAAAAGUUGAGACGUUACGCAUGGAAGAAGCGGUGGUUUGUUCUCCGCAGUGGCCGUCUGACGGGCGACCCAGACGUGUUGGAGUACUACAAGAAUGACCACGCCAAGAAACCAAUCCGCGUGAUUGACCUGAACUUAUGUGAGCAGGUGGACGCUGGGCUGACGUUCAACAAGAAGGACCUGGAGCACAGCUUUAUUUUUGACAUCAAGACCAUUGACCGUGUAUUCUACCUGGUGGCUGACACUGAGGACGAGAUGAACAAGUGGGUGCGCUGCAUUUGUGACAUCUGCGGCUUCAACCCCACUGAUGAUGAGGCAGCAAAAGCUGCUCACCAGUCAGCCAUUGGAGGCUUGGUGGUCGACACCCCCCCUCAUCCAGCACUGGGCAGUAUUGGUGGUCCAGCAGCAACAGUGCUGGCCAACGUGCCUCCUCCAUACCAGCCAGUCAGUGUGCGCCACCUGGACUCUCAGUCCAGCCUGGAGGAGCCCCAGGACUACUUGUGGCUCGUCAACUGUGAGAGCAAGAAGCCAGAACCCAACAGAGCCCAUGCUGAGUGUUCCAAGUCUACCUCUUCAGAGACGGACCUGAAUGACAACCUCCCCUCCCACCGCACGCCCACAUCGUCCACCUCCUCAGCCAAGCACACCUCGCACAACGGCUUCUUCACUCAGCACCCGGCCCCUGCCUCCGCCUCUUCCAUCUACGAUUCUCCUCCAUCACGCGGUGCCUCCCUCUCAGCUGACACAGGCCUCUACCACCUCCCCCGCAGCUACUCCCAGGACACUGUGCUGCUCCCUAAGUCAGCUUCUUCCCCCGCGGCUCAUCCAGACAGCGGAGAGGCCUCUGACCUGUACGUCUUCAACACACCGUCGCGGAAGCCCUCAGUGGAAACGCAGAUGCGCAACCUGUCUGUCAGUUAUGACAUUCCUCCUACACCCGGUGCCAACUGUACCUACCAAGUGCCCCGCACGUUACCGUCCUCGUCAGGGCCUGGAGGCUCAGAGGGCGGGGGAGAUGUAGUCCCCCCUCCAAGACCACCCAAGCCUUCGCUCAGCUCCACCUCAGGACCUCCGCCACCCCCUGCUGAGCGCUCGCCUACGGACAACUAUUGUGUGCCCCGCUCAGCCUCAGAGACGGAUGGAAACUACUGUGUGCCCACCAGUGCUGGGAACAAGGCACUACGCAGCAACACUAUUGGCACUGUAGACUCUUCACGCCUCCGGAAAGAUUUUGGAUCACAGGACUGCUAUGAUAUUCCCAGGUCAUUUCCUUCCGACAAAAGCUGUUCGUUCGACUUCAAUGAAAGUUUCAACAGCUACUUUAAAAACAAAGGCAUGAUGCCAGUGGGUAGCCAGUCCACUGAAGAGGUAGAUCAGAACUAUGUCCCCAUGAGUGCCAACUCCCCAUCGCACCAUCACUCGACCAGCUUACCAGAGCCCAUGCAGGAGCCCAACUAUGUACCCAUGACCCCAGGCACUGUGGAGUUCUCCUCCCUGGGCAAACAAGUCCCGCCGCCCGCCCACAUGGGCUUCCGCUCCAGUCCAAAGACGCCUCCUCGCAGACCCAUGCUCAUCAGUGACUGCCCCCCGCCUGUGGAUCGUAAUCUCAAACCUGACCGCAAAGGUCAGAGUCCUAAAAUAAUAAGAGCAAAAGGUGUUGGUUUAGAGCGAACCGACUCUCAAACCGUAGGUGAAUUCCCAAGGGGACGACGCAAGGGAAAGCCCGCCCCCCUGGAGAUCAAACCACUGCCAGAAUGGGAGGAGCCCUGUGCACCUGUCCGCUCGCCUGUCACACGGUCAUUCGCUCGGGAUCCCUCUAGGUUUCCCAUGCCACCGAGACCCCCGUCAGUGCAUAGCACGGCCUCCAGCACUGACUCCGAGGACUGUGAUGAGAAUUAUGUAGCCAUGCUCUCUAAUAUGCCCACAGACGAACCAAACAUGAAGUUGGGUGUGUCCAUGACUGCAGACGGGGGCAGCAGCCCCAUGGUGAAACCCAAGGGAGACAAACAGGUGGAGUACCUGGACUUGGAUCUUGACCCCGGAAAGUCUACCCCACCUAGGAAGAAGAAAAGCAAUGGAACCGGGAUGGCAGCGUCGGAUGAGCGCGUGGACUAUGUGGUUGUGGACCAGCAACGGACACAGGCCCUAAAGAGCACCCGGGAGGCCUGGAAUGAUGGCCGACAGUCAACAGAGACAGACACCCCCACCAAGGGGCCCAAGUGACCCUGCUCAACCCCCCCACCACACACAUAGACACAGAUACACACACACACAGACACUGCUGGGCCUUCAACACUGGUGCAGGUUCUGGCUUGUGCUCUGGGACAGUCCAGCUGUCACCUUCCACCUCACUGAGAUCCUUAGCCUGUAGGGGCCAGUGGACAUCCAAAGCCACUGAACUAUCUUUAGUUUACACUGCUGUCAAGGCAGCACAGCGCCUCCCGCUGUAGGAAGGGGUGUGGGCCAGGAAUAAGCUGUACACAGUAUGAAAGCAGGUGGAAGGAUGGACUUGUCUUUGGGGUUGGAGUUGAGUAGGCUCAUGAACUUUGAACACUCACUGCCUCUUAUGUUGGACUACAUGUCAGAACUUUUUUUAUGUUCUGGUUUUCACCUUUGAAAAGACCGUGAGCUGAUGCAGAGAUAACAUUUCUUUAAAUUAUAGUGCUGUCAGAUAUUACGUUGGAGUGUAAAGUGAAAUCACUUGAUGAACAUGAUCAGAAUGCUUUGUAAGAACAACAUUUUACUGGUCAGUGUAGCUGGUUAACUGUGUUGAUGCCUCAGUUUCUCCUGCUUAAAUGAGGUGAAGUUUUCUAUUGGCACAGAUCAGAGGUCAGUUUUACAAUAUCUUCACUACCAGUUAACAUCAUAAAGAAUGGCUAAAACUCUCCCUUACUCUUUGCCUAAGGAAGACUUCACAUUGGAUCCCUAAGAUGACCCAAUACAACUAAGUUUCAUAGAGGAAUAUUAGAUUUGUUUUUUGUUUUUUGUUUUUUUUUCCAAUGCAAAAGCAAUUGAACAUUUUACAAAAGGCAACCAAGUGCUCAGUCAAAGCUUUGGAUUCACUCAAAGCUUCAUUUAAUCCACUGAAAAUGAUUUUUAUUUCCAGUUUCUUUGUGAGUGGAAAUGCCUCAAAUCUCUUCGAGGAAGUGCAAAGACUGUAAAAAAGUGUUAUGUAUAUAAACAGGAAAAGUGUCCUUUAUUUGUAUGAAAUAUCCAGUUUGUUUGACUCCAUGUGGCAUGUGGAUUCUGCAGGGUAGAAUCCUGUGCCCGUCGCAGGUGGUAUCAGGACUUGUGAGAAUUGAAUGAAUUACUGUGAGUUUUUACAAGAAAGUAAGAGGCUUUCUAUAAGUUAUGCAAAGGUAUCAAACUUAAGCUAGAGAGAGAGAGAAAAUCAGGUACUCUUUUAAAAUGCAUACUAAUACAACUAUCCAUUUCUAAUUUAUUUUUCAAUUUAUUUCAUCAGGUGGAUUUCCUGUCCACAACUAGCUCAGUAUUCUUAAUUCAUGUGGACAAAGAUUUGUAAAAGUCUGUAGUAAACGCUUACUUUGACAAGCACCGGUCAAUUAGUUUCAGUUAAUUGAUAUUCCUCAUUCCUCUCUCCUCUUAGGUUUAAUUUAUUUCAAAUGGAGCUGGCAUACACUUUUGGGAAAUUAUUUGACUGCCUUAUCUAGUCAAUUUGUUGCAUCUUUUGUAGAUAGUGAUGAAUUUUUUUUUCUCUGCGUAGAUUUUUGCUUUACUAACCUAUGAACUCUCACUCAGAAGUCCCGAGCAUGUGCUAUACCAUACAAUAAAAUCACUGCUGUACAUAUUUUGCCAUCAACUAGUCAACCAUGUUAUCAUUUGAACUGAAAACUGUGCCUACUAUGUCAUCUUCAUACUACUUCACUCUUUCUUAAUUGCAGUUUCUUUGUGAUAUGGACUGCAAAGCUGAUGAUGCUUUAUCUUUUUUAAUGAAUCUAGAGAGAAAAUGUUGAUUUUAAAGUGGACUAAAUAAAAUGCAACCUUUUAUGCACGUGUG